AUGUCAGUGGAAAAAGUGGAAUUAAGCUCAGACUGCUUCAGAGGAUUAUUAGGGCAUAGCUUUAUUACUAGCCAAGAAGAAGUUCUGGGAAUCUUAUUCGGAGAUUAUGAUGAAGGAGUUGUCAGGAUUUGGGGCUCCAAAAGUCUACAAAGAAAUUGCAAAGAAAAAGAUAGAGUAGAAGUAGAUGAUAUUCAACUGUCUGAGGCCAUGGACCAUGCUGAAGAGUUAAGCAGAAGUAUACAGCAAGCUUCUACAGUGAAAGGUUGGUUUCAUUCACACCCAAAUAUCACAGUUUUUCCAUCUCAUGUUGAUAUCCGUACCCAGCAUGCUUUACAGUCGCUUGGAAGGGAAUUUGUAGGGCUGAUAAUUUCAUGCUUUUCUCGAGACCAACAUAACGUAUUUUUUAACUCAGCUUGAAAAAAUUGAUUUAAUUGCUUUUCAGACCAUCAACAAUAAGGCAAAAUCCAUACAAGUAGAAAUUGUGAGCCCACUUAAGCUUCUGAAGCAGCCUGAACUGAUGAUAAUGCACGACUGCUUUGAUAAUUUAUUUCAAGCCUGCUUCUGCCCCUUAAAGACAACACUGAAGAUAGAAGGGGUGACUUUGUAAAGAGCUUACCCGCAAUUAAGGGGAGUGAUCAAACCAAAGAAAAAGGGACCUUAUUAUCCUGCCCAUCUUGAGGUCCAACUUGAGUUGAGUUAAAUUAAGUAAUCUAAAUAUAAGCUUUGAUUAUUUAUUAGAAGUACAGAGAAACAUCUUAAGAGAAGAACAGCAAGCUUAUGAAAGCACUAAAAGAAAUGUUAACGCACUGGGGGCAGUUUAUAAUGCAAGCUUAUUUAAUUUAUCCAUAUCAAGAUUACUCCAGAAAAGCUUGCUACCUCUCUAUGAAUACAUUAAACAAAAACAUAGCAUGGAUAAAGAGAGAUUAGAUAGAAUAAUUCAAGAAAACAAAGAAAUCGAGGCUAAGCUAGCAGCAAGGGCAGCUAAAGAAAAAAGCACUUAA